AUGAAAACCUGGGAUCGCGGGCUGCCUCCAUUGGCUCGAGCUUCAGACCACCUGAUUCACGCGGACCAAUGGAAAAGUAAACUUGGGGUUUCCGGGGCCUGCAGCCCCGGAGGGGCGUGGAGCCCUCCUUCUCGCGACUCUGAUUGGACAUUCGGAUGGAGGUUGGUCUCCCAUUGGCCGGAGUGGCUAGAAAAGGGCGGGAUCAUUUCGAGCCGCAUCACUGUGCCGGGGGCCCUUAGCCGGCUGGGAUUCACGGUUGCCAUGGCUUCCUACUUUGAGGAGCACGACUGCGAGCCGGGGGUGCCUGAGGAACAGUACCGGCAGAAUGCGCUCCUGGAGCUGGCGCGGACACUUUUCAAUGGGAUGGACAUUGAGCUAGCAUCUGCCGACUUCACAGACUGGGACCACCGACUGCCUCCCCCUGCCGCCAAGAGAGCUGUCCAGAGCCUACCAAAAGCUAUCAUCACAGGGGCCCAGGCUGACAAAGGUCUGAAGUGCCCUGUGUGCCUUCUGGAGUUUGAGGAGGAACAGACUGCCUUGGAGAUGCCCUGCCAACACCUCUUCCAUUCAGACUGCAUUCUACCGUGGCUGGGCAAGACCAACUCCUGCCCACUCUGCAGAUGUGAGCUGCCCACAGACAAUGAAGAGUACGAAGAGCAUAAGAAAGAUAAGGCUCGGCGGCAGCAGCAGCAGCACCGUCUUGAGUACCUCCAUGGAGCCAUGUACACAUGAUGGGCUUCCUUUUCCCCUUCCACCACUUUUCCUCAUGUCAAUUAAAUGGUUUCCUCACCCUGA